AAAAAGGAAAAGGAUCGCGCUCAGGGUCAUUUGUGCAAAAAAAGGAGAGGGGGGAGGGGGGAGUUCGCCGCGGCGGCGCAGAAGCGCAGUUCGCCGGCGACCUCGCCGCCACAUCUGCCUGCGAUGUCCCUCUUCCGGGUCGUGCCUGCGAAUGCAGGUCCCUACGCCGUGGCGCCGCGGGCCACCGUCGUCCGCUUCAUCACCUUGCGCUCGACCGUCGCGCGCCCCGGCCUCGCAGCAAGAGGGGUGCGGGUUACGCGUCGUCUCCCCUCGCGGUGUGCACCCGAGGCGCCGCCGCCUCCGCCCGACGUGCUGCCACCUCCGCUCGACGCCUCGCUGCCGCCACCGCCCGACGCCUCGCUGCCUCCACCGCCCGACGCCAAGGAAUCGUCAAGAUUGUUCACAGGGUUUGCGAAGGCGUGGGGCGAAGUGAAGAGGAAUUGCUUGUACCUUUCUAUCAUGCUAGUCUGUAUCGGGGUUGGCUAUUUAGCCACAAAGGAAAACCCGCAAGCUGCUUCCUUAGUUACCAUGUCGACAAGGUCGAGAAGCUGUACAAGUUGCUGUCUCGCUUGGUUCCUGUUUUCACUGCGAUUCUUAAGUGUUUCAAGUGAGACGGAGGGCGAGAUGUAGUACGUAUGAGUUUUGUCAGGUUCACAGGUUGUUUCAUGUUUGACCGAACUAGUUAGCGGGAUAAACUUGAGAUGCAUUUCCUCUGGCUCCUCAAAAAGACAGUCCUUCAGAGAUCUGUGAGUGUUUUCAUGUGAAGGGAAUAUUAAAGAAGAUUAGACUGCCUUGCUCGCAUCUGGGUGCUCACGCACUGAAAUUUGUUAAGCUUGUUCAGCUUCUGUGGUCCAUUCAUUAGUGGUAGCCAUUUGUGCUCCCAAGCACAGUUUGUUGACUCUCUACUUGGUUUGGUGAUGGUUGGCUGUUUAAAUUUUGGUUCUA